GUCUAAGUGUUGUAAUAUACUCUAAAUAGGUUACUUACAACCAUUAGCAGUAUCUAUUUUUUUGGAGGAUGUAAGUUGCAUUAGAUCAAUGUCACAGGCUCAUCUUUGGACAUGCUGUCUUCCUGAUUUUUUGGUUACCAUUAGUAACCACAAUGUUUCCCACCUGGCUUUUGGCACAGACCACUGUCUAUUCUUAACAACAAAUGGUAGUGUAUGCAGCUUUGGUAAAGGAAGCAAGGGGCAGUUAGGUGUGGGAUCAUUGAAAGAUCAACUGAAAGAACCUCAGAUUGUCCAAGGCUUUCCUCAAAAGGUUAUUAGUAUAGCUUGUGGACCAGAAACAAGUGCUGCUGUGUGUGAAAAUGGAGAGCUGUAUAUGUGGGGUGAUAAUAGUUAUGGUCAGUGUGGGGUUGACAGCAAUGAAAGUGUAGUACUUGUUCCAACACUUGUCCAAAUAUUAGAAUCUCCAGUCAACUGUAAUAAAUGUGAUAUCGUACUUUGUAAAAGAACUCAGAUUGUAGAAGUUUCAUGUGGGGUGCAUCAUACGCUUGCUCGGUCUAAAGACUAUAAUAUAUGGACAUGGGGUGAAGGCCCUCAAUUAGGCUUAACUAAUGUAAAUAGAACUGGUCCUACUAAGUUAGAGUUUCUAAAAGGGAAAAAUGUUUUAUCAGUUGCUUGUGGAGCCUUUCACAGCAUUGCUGUAUUGGAGGUUCCAAAAGUUGGUGACACUUCUGACAUUCCAGAAGAACAAUACACUCCCAUAUCUCUUUGUUCCAAAUGUAAAUGUGACCAGUUUACUGUGACUGAUAAUAGUGAUGCUGUCAUAGUGUCUCAUGAUCAUGUCUGUCCACUUGGCCUUGUAGUAGCAGAUGAAGAAGAUGUAAUAAUAAAAACUGAUUUGCAAGAAGAUAAAUUAGAAUUGAAGAUUGAUGAAACAGCAGAUAAAAAAAGUGAGGAAGAUAAUGAACAAAGGUCUAAUGAAAUUGUCAAAGAAAUGUCAUCAUUGUCUCCAUGUAAUUCAAGCAAAAAUAAGGUGGAUUUUUAUUUGUCUAAUAAUGUGAAAGAUAAUUUUGACAAACCAGAAAAAAAAAUUGAACAUCUACUUGAUUCAGCAGGAUAUCUAGCUGAAGAAUCUGUAAAUGACCAGACAAAUGACAGUUCAAACUAUCAACAGAUAACAUCCUCUGAUGACAAAAAAGAAGUUAUACCUCCUAAUCAUGUUUUACUGGACCAAUCAUCUCAAGAAUUCAAUACAGCUGUGAAUGAAGAGGAAAGUAUGAAGGAACAUCAUCCAGAUAUUGUGGAAGAAAAUGGUACUGAAUUGAAAGCAAACACUUUAACCCUAGAAAAUGGUGAACAGGUGGAAUUAAGAAAUAAGACUGUACAGUUUCAAAAGUUUGCAGAUAUGUCAACUAAAACAUCUACUUCAGAGGAGAAAUGUUUACAGGCAUAUCAAAGUAAACGACAUUCAUCUCUUAUAGAUCAUGCUCAGGCAAGACAGUUUCUAGAAAAGCAAAUUUCUAAUGUAUCUACAACAAGAAGUAGAACAAGGAGUAUUUCUGUGAAAAGUGAAGAUUCCCUGUCUGCCCCACCAGAUGAAAGUAUAGGAUCUGAUAAAUAUCCAUUAAUGAAGGGCCUCAUGACUAAAGUCAAGACCACUGUAGACAAAUUUCAGUAUGUGGCAUUUGGAAGUAGAAAUAGUCAAUCAUCACAUUCUGAUUCAAUUAGCAGCCAAGAGUCAUUUGAAGUGAUUGAGGUAGAGCAUGCAGACACAAAUGAGGUUCAGCACAUUAAACGAACAGGAUCAUUAAAGUCUCUUUUGGAAAUCAAGCAAGCAUACAAACUCAAAUCAAUUAACAGAAAAGGAAGUAUGGAAGUUUUAGUAAAUAAGUCAAAAAGAAAAAGCUCUCCCAAAGAAAGAUCACAGCACAGCAUUCGUAAAAAGGAACUUGGCCGAGCGGCUGUUCAGACAGAAGUGUGGUCCUGGGGAGGUGGAGAAUUUGGACAGCUGGGGCAUGGAGAUGAAUUAGAAAGACUACAACCUUGUUGUGUAAAACAGCUUUCUGGUCAAGGAGUUGUUCGAGUAUUAGCUGGAAAUUUCCAUUCCAUAGCAUUAACAGCUGAUUGCAGGAUAUUUACCUGGGGUUUGAAUGAUGUCUGUCAAUUAGGUCACAGCCUUAGCAAUGAGAAAGUUCUGUCUCCUAAACAACUUCAGCUUCCUCAUCAUGAACUAGUGUGGGAUGUAGCCACUGGAAGAAAACACACACUUAUACUUGCUGAUGUACGUGUUCCCAAUGUUGCUCUCUAUUUCUGUGGAGCACAUGAAAGAAGAGAAGAUGGAGAAGAUUGUUCUUGUUCAAAAGGGAAACCAAGUCACAUAUCAGUCCUGAGAAAGACUGGUCUGGUGACUAGUGUGUUUGCUGGUGGACCGUAUUCGGGUUGUAUAGUAGAUGAACGAGGAGUUGGAGAAAUUACUGUUCUACAUGAGUUUGCUGCAUCUGAGAGGAAGUAUCUUCAUCAAUUGCAGAAAAUUAUUCAUAAUGUGCUUAUACCCAUCAUAAAAAAUGAUUCAUUCAAACAAGAGUUGGCAGAAGUCUAUACAAAACCUGUUCAGAACAUAGUUGCUCGUAUUGCAGAUCUAGUAGACAUUGUUGCUAUGAAUUCUUAUGAUCUGACUCUAAUUGCUCAAGGGCGUACUGAUCUUGACAAUCUUUACAUGCUGGACAGUGAAGAAGAAUGGUUAGACCUCCACUGGGCAUUCUUCCAAGUUUUGUGUGAUGUUGUAGCUGUAAAAGCUAUACCAUCUAGUGUUAAAUGCCUCAGCUUAUCACCAAAUCUUUUGAAAACAUCUGCUAAAGACAUAAUAGGAGAAAUGACGUGGGACGAGAGAUCAACAGCAGACAUAGUAUUUCAACUCUUAUCUUUACCACUACGAAGAGUGAAAGAUUACAUUAGACUUUUCACCAGACUUACAACCACAUCUCCCAAAUACUUGUAUGGGAAAGAUAUUCAGCACACAGUUCAAAAAUGGAAACAGUUGUCAGAAUAUGUGGAUCGAAACAUGAAACAAGCAGAGGAGACCAAGACUUUUUGGGAUAAUGCUCCUCAGAAACUUGUGGAUACUUUUCGUCUUGCAUCUCGUAGGCUUGUGCGAGAAAGCAAAUCUCAUGCAUUAUCUCUUGUGUCAUCUGGAAGGUUUUCUACACAUUCAUUCAUUUUGUUUAGUGAUGUUUUAGUUCAUAGCUAUUUUGGAGGUUUCCAGAGUCAUGCAUUAGAGACUGUUUGGGUAGAGCCACUACAGGAUACAGAAGUUUCCCAAAAUGCUUUUGUGUUGACAAUGCCAGAGGAUACACUCAAUCUAACCUGCUCUACCUCUAGUGAAAAGACUGGCUGGAUCUGUGCCUUGAACCAUGCUAUAAAGAAAACACUUGAUGGUCACAUAGGCUUAGCAACAAGAAGUAAUCAUAUAAGCAUGCAACGUCUCACACCUCCUUUGGCAAGACAAGCAACUUACACUUUUGUGAAACACUCUACUUACAAGGAUGCCACUUAUACUGGGAUGUGGUUUUGUGGCAAGAUACAUGGUCCAGGCAAGUUGAUGUUUGCUGAUGGGAAAACCUAUGUUGGAAAAUUCAAACACAAUGUUCAAGAUGGUGAAGGAACAUACACAAUACCAUCAGAUGAUGGUAGAGAGACGGUUUAUGAAGGCAUGUGGAAAGAAGGCAAGCUGAAUGGACUUGGUUGUGUUAAGUAUCCUAAUGGAGAUUCUUAUGAAGGGUACUUCAAAGAUGGCAUGCGUCAUGGACAUGGCAUUUUAAAGCAAGGAAAGUUUUUGUCUUCUCCAUCCACCAUCUAUAUUGGUCAGUGGUCAUGGAACCGACGAGAAGGUUAUGGAGUUUUGGAUAGCAUUCGCGGAGGUGAAAAGUACAUGGGUAUGUGGCAUGAAGAUUUUCGGCAUGGCAGGGGCUUGGUUGUUACAAUUGAUGGCAUUUAUUAUGAAGGAACAUUCAACUUAGACAAACUUUCUGGAUUUGGAAAGAUGAUUUUUGAGGACAAUACUUGUUAUGAAGGUGAACUGGGACCUGGUGGGAUAUUUAAUGGGAAGGGAACCCUAUACAUGUCUAACGGAGACAAGAUAGAGGGAACGUUCAGUGGAUCAUGGAGUGAAGCCAUCAAGCUAAGUGGUUUAUAUCAUAAAUCUCCAGGCACACCUUCAAUCUCUCCAGAGAUUGAUCAAAGGAAACAUUUUGGCAACCAGCCACUCUGUGUGACAGCUGAACAGAAGUGGGAAGAUAUAUUUGACCAGUGUAGAGAAAUAUUAUGCAUUCAAGGGGCUAAUGCUGCUGUUGACAAUAAACGAGCUUGGGAAGCUGUGGCUGUUGCUGUCAACAAAAGAAAGAAAGAAGUCCAGUCAAAGAAAAAAUGGCAGAAUCAAUUUGAAGAUAGCCUCGAUUUUCUUGAGAGAAUUCCUUACAACAGUUGGGAGCAGGGGCAGCUUACUUUAGAAAACCACAGAGAUAUACAGAACUAUCUUCAACGGUCAUGUGACUGUCCAUUUCAUCCUCUUGGUCACCUUUUAGAGGGUUUAGUGGAUGUAUAUAGAGCUUCUUACCUUGGAGUAGGAGCACAUCCUCGUCUUUUGGUUCAUGCUGUUGCUGAAAUCCAUUCUUUUGUUGCGAGGAUUUAUAACAUUGUGAGGAUUCUUUUUCCUGAUCUUCCAUCUGAGAUGAAACCUCUUACCCUAAGAAGUUCAAGAUGUUUUGCUAAAGAGCUUAGUGGCUCUCUUUCUGAAAGUGAUGAUGAUGACGAUGAUUUAUCAAGAGAUGUGGUUACACCAAGUAGUCUUCUUCAUCCAAUCCUUCUUCCUCGUCUUUACCCCACACUUUUCACCCUGUAUGCACUGGAGUGUGAAAAUGAAGAUGAGCAUUAUUGGGAACGUCUCUUAAAGUGGAAUAAACAGUCUGACAUAGCUCUAUUGACCUUCCUUGGAGUAGAUCGAAAACUUCUAGGGAUAUGUGAUGAAGACUUUCUGAAGUAUCCCAAAAAGAGUCCUUGUCCAGAAAAACGACUGUUGGCCAAAGCAAUAGAAACUCUGCAGCAUAUAAGCACAGCCUUCACACCCCUAAGGAAGCUAAGAAUAAUCCAGGAAGCAUUUGAAGAAAUAAAUAAGGAAUUUCUUAAAAAGCUUAAAACCCAAUUCCUGUGGACGAUGGAUGACCUCUUCCCAGUCUUCCAGUUUGUGGUUGUCCGUGCAGCAAUUCGCCAUCUUGGUUCUGAAAUCCACUUAAUAGAAGAUUUGAUGGAGCCUCACCUGCAAAAUGGAGAACUUGGGAUCAUGUUCACUACUUUAAAGGCAUGCUACUUUCAGAUAAAAACAGAAAAAUUAUCCCAGACUUAAGGAUUGGUGGCCAAUCAAUGCAGAUAGUUGAGCAUUAUCUUGGAAAUCAAUCAUACCCUUACUGCUGUUACAGUAAUUACUGUGUAAUUAAGUAAAUCUACUUAAAAGUCCAUAUGUUUUUCUUUGAAUAGAUUAAAUUUUGGGUGCUUAAAAGUGCUUCAGCAAUCAACUUAUUGGCGUUUAUAUUCAUAGAAAAAUGAGAUAGGUGGAUUUGUUAAUAGCUUUUGCUAAAUAGAAGAUCAGAAGUUGUGACAAAAUAAUGUAUGGUAUAUUUUUUAUAGUUUCUUUUAAAAGUUGUUGGUUUUUUUUUCCAGUACAUUAGCAUGUUUUCUAAAAACUUAGAAAAUUGUUUCCACAAAUGAAAAGUGUUUAAAUAUCUUAUAAUUUUUACAGGUUCUAUAGUUGAACUGGUAUUGAAAACAAAAACAUGAAGUUUAGAAUUACUACCAUUAAUCUCUUACAAAGAAACCUUCAGCAUUUAAAGAGUAGUUACAGACUUUGUUACAAAAACUGAUGUAAAAGGAUCUUAAAACGUAUUUGUGGAAUUUUCCACGUUUGUAUUGAAAGUUCUCCAGGUGCAGUAGAGGAGGUUAAAUAUUUCUUAUAUCUAAUAUGUUAUUCUUAUCUGUUCAUAUGAUUUAAAAAAUAUGCUUGUUUAAAAUGAGAGGCUGAAAAUGAGCAAAAAUUUUUAUGUAAUUUCAGUAAUUUUUUUUGUACAUAUUUCACAACAUUUACUAAAAUCACAAUCCAAUCCACAAGUAGUUGCUGCCAAAUGAAAUAUGAUUAAAAUUACUUAAAUGUUAUGAUAGUGAAUACGUUUACAUGAGAGAGUAUUAAAUGAGAUAAACUAUGGACAGCCUGUUAAAUAUUUGAUAGGCCUAAUGUAUGAAAUUUGAUAAUUUCUCAUAUAAUCAUCAUGCACUUCUAAAGUCAUUCAAAUCCUUAAAAAUUUGAUUUAUUUUACACUGAAUUACUACAUUUUGUUCUCAUAUUUGAAAUAUUUGUGCACUCAUUAAAAGUAUUGUAUGUUGAUAUUUCUCACUUUUGGUGUUUUGUUUAUUAGUAAUGCUGUACCUGAUAACUAAAAAUGUAACAAUUUAAUGGUUUUUCCUGAGAUGUUUAUUCUAUUUACAGUCGUUUUGUUUUCUUUGACAAUUUUCAGAGCUAGGUAGUUGUGUGUAUAUAAAAUAUUGAGAGUAAGAUUGUUAACGCACCAGUACGUGGAGAGUUGUGUAAAAUUAUUUGGCAAUAAGGAAGCUGAGUUAUUCUAAACCUAACGAGAGAGAGAGAGAAGGUUAAAUUUUUUUCAUUGCAAGCAGUACAUAUAAAGUUUUCUGGAGACCUGCCUGGAUGAGAAAGUUCACCUAGGCCAUAUUUUUGUAAUGUUCUUGCAUGACAAUUUAGAAAAUAUUUGUUACUUUGUUGUUUCUCAGUUAACAAAACAUUUUUAAGAAGUUAAAUAUAAUUAUGUUGUACUUGAGAAAUGUUACAGUUGUUGUUUUUAUGAUUUUUUUCUUCACAAAACUUAUUUUUAUGGAGAUAUAGAGGGUAUGAUGAAACAAGUUUGAGAUUUGUAUUUUUUGGAGAAUUUUUCAAGACAAAAUAGAACACUUUUUUUGCAGCUUUUUUGUGUGGAUGUUAGUAAAAACUUUUAAGUUUUCAUGAAAAGGGAAUGACUUUAGUAACUAUUAGUGGUUACAACAGCUGAAAAAUGUAUUUAGCUUGAACUGCAUUUACAGAGUUCUUGAUUAAUUGCUAAAAUUAUUCAUUUUGUGUGGUUUAAUUGUAGUUUAUAAUAUGUUCAAAAUUUCCCAAAUCGUAUAAUUCAGUAAGAACUGAAAAUAGAUGAGAAUUUGAAUGUAGGUUUUGUUUAGUUUCAGUACAUGAGUUUGUAAUUAAUUAUUAUGUUAGAGCAGCUUUAAAAUUAUCAGACAAACGAGGUUAGAUUAAAAAGCUUGAUUUAUUAUGUUGUAUUCUUGUUAACUAUAACUAUUUCUUGUAAAAAAUGUUUAAAAAUAAUAUAUAUAUAUUUUAUCGUUUAUGUUUCCACUGGAUUUUUUUGUUUUUCCACAGUGACAGUUGAAAAAAAAUAGUUAACAGUUUUGUAAUUGUUUAUAACAUCACUUGUAUACUGAAGUGUUUGCUACACAAAAAGCUUGAAAAUGAUACAAAUUUUCUGUUUGCCUUGUUUGUUUUUAAACUGAAUAAUACAAAGUAAUAAUUUUUCUAAAGUCAUUUAUAAAAAGUUUCAUGUAAUGGAUGAUGCAAAAACACUUUAAUCUUACAUUGAAGUUGUAUUAUUGAGUAAAACAUGUUCUAAAUAUCAAUUAAUCCACUAAAUGUUUUUUGUGUAAUAAUAAUAAUAAUUCAUAUAUCAAAAUAGUGCAAAGAUCAGCAAAAACUUUUAACAAUUGAGGAAAAAAGAAAGUAAAUAUUUGUUUUCAACAUUUCCAUGUGACUGUUAUUUUAUUCUAUAAUGAAAUAUUGUGAAGAAUUAUUGCUCAAUAUGAUAAGUCCAGAGCUUAAUCACACUAUAGUUAUAGCAAAAAUUAUAACUGUACUUAUUCAGUGUAAGCUAUCUUUUGCCAUGUGAUUUUACUGAGCUGUUUUUUUGCCCUUAACUUGUAUGGAAAAUAUGCUGUAUUCUGAAUACUAGCAUAAAAUACCUGCACUCUAUUGCAGGGUUCAUAGCCUCCCUCCCCCAUGAUUCACAGAGGCCCCAGUGUAUCGAACAAACUCCUCCGUUACCUCCAAUUAUUUCUGUAGCUAACCCCAAGGGGGUUCAUUCUCCACAAAACAAUCCAUUAGGACACUCACCUAUGGUACUAGCUUAUGAGUAGGGUAUAAACACAGUUUUAAACAUGGUGCCCCCAAGAUCUUGAGGGAGCCAGGAACACAACCCUCUACCAUAUUUGGGUUCAGUAACCCUAAAGAUCCAUUCUUAGAACCCCAUUAUGCCUGGGUAUCCUUCUGAGGGCAUUUAAAGUGGAGUUACACCAAUAAAGGUAAGGCUAUUCAGAACCUGCCUGCUAAGUUUAGGCCUGCUAGCUUCAGAACUGUGGGAGUAGUUUGCAGACAAGCAAUCAUAAACACAAAGCUACAAGCUGAAUUAAUAUGGGUGAACGUUUAUUGACUUCAUAAGAUUGUCAGAGGUAUUAUUGAUAAACUUUGCUUUGAUAUUUUAGUACAUAACUUCCGAUCAAUGUAAGCCACAUACUUUAAACGAUACUAAAGACCAACCUGACCCUCAAUAUAGCUAAUUGUUUCAUCAAUCACUGUUAACGAUAUUUUCGGUCGUAUUACCGAAUAAUGUGGUACGAGGUUCGGCAAGUUUAGUUGAUUUAGGCUACUAUUUUUGCACAAGAAGUAUUUGAUGUUAUCAAAUUCUUUAUCCACAAAUUUGUAAGUACUUGAAAUUUAUUAACACCAUUAAAUAAGAUUUUAAUUAAAUUUUCUUUAAAGACUGUUGGUAUAAAACUUUGGAAAUCAAAUUACAAGCCAGUAAAUGUUUUUUAUUAUAUAUUUCAUAUUUGAAGUUACCAUCAGUUUAAUGAAUCAACGUAUCCAAAAAAUGAGACUUUAUGAUCCUGUUGAUUUUCAACGGU